AUGAAGAUAAUUAUAUAUUUUUGCAUUUGGUCAGCAGCAUGGGCCAUUCCAGUUCCUCAAAUCAAGCCACUGGAGAGACAUGCUGUUGACAAAUCUGUGAAUGUAAAACUUCUAGAGAGAGCAAAAGUGCCAAUACAGGAUGAGUUAAAUGCCAAUGACACCAACAAAGAAGGUAGUGUCCCCCAUGAAAAUGAAAGAGGAAGGCAACAGUAUGCUGAAGAUGGUUACAAAGGAGAAAAAAAUGGCUCUGAGUGGGGAGAAGUAGGAGGGAAAAGUUCCUCUACACAUUCCAUGUUAGUAAAUGAAGAGGGGAAUACUGAAGAUCAAAAUGGGGUCACAGGAAAACCAGAAACAUAUGGUUAUGAUGGGAUACAUGGAAAAGAAGGUAGCACCACAGCAAAUGGCAUUAGGGGACAAGUAAGCAUUCUCGACAAUGCUGGAAUUGUAAAUGGGACGAAUGUUAAUAGAAAAACUGAUAAGAAUUCAAACAAUGGAGAUGCUGGAGAUGCAAGUCAGAGUGAGGAUGCCACUGUUGUCCAAGAAGAUGGACAUCAAAUAGAUGGAAGCAAUAACAGUACAGGCCAUGAGGAUGAAAUAAAUAGGAAUUCCUGUGGAAAUGAAGGUAAUACAAGUGAAAUAACACCCCAGAGAGAAGGUGAGAGAAAUGGGAAUCAGGAAGGAGUAACACCAGGGGGAAGUGGAGCUGGCAAUGGAGAAGAUGCUGGUCUGGAUAAUUCUGAAGGGAGUCCUAGUGGGAAUGGAGCAGAGGAGGAUGAAGACAAAGGCUCUGGUGAUGAUGAAGGUGAAGAAACCGGGAAUGGAAAAGAGGACACUGGUAACAACAGCAAGGGCCAAGAGGGUCAGCCUCAUGGAAAAGAAGAUAAUGAUAAUAGCUUAGGGCAAAAUUCAAUUAGUAGUGAAGAUGAUGACCCUGAAGACAAAGAAGAUCCCCAUGACAUCGAUGGAGACAACACUUCCAAGAGUGAGGAGGAUUCUGAUGGUAUUCCCAAAAAUAAAGAUAGCCAAAUAAUAGAAGACAUGCAAACACCCAAUCACAGAGAAAACAAAGCUGUGGAAAAGAAAAUCACUGAUGAAUCAGAGCCAAGUGCUAUUGGGAAGAGCCAAGAUAAGGGAAUAGAAAUUGAAGGUCCCAAUAGUGGCAACAGAAACAAUAUUACCAAAGAAGCUGGGAAAGUUAGUGAAGAUAAAGAGGGUAAAAGACAACAUGUAAUGGUCAUGGGCAAAGGAAAUGUCAAGACACCAGGAGAGAUUGACAACAUACAAGGACCUGGUCAGAAAUCAGAACCCGGAAAUAAGGUUGCACACAGCAAAACAGGUAGUGAGAGUACUAGUGAUGGAUAUGACAGUUAUGAGUUUGAUGAUGAAUCCAUGCAAGGAGACGAUCCCAACAGCAGUGAUGAGUCUAAUGAUAAUGAUGAUGUCAAUUCUGAAGGUGACAAUAACAGUGAUAGCCGAGGAAAUCCUGGUUAUGACUCUGAUGAAUCAAAAGAUAAUGGCAAUGACAGUGACUCAAACGGAGGAGAUGAUGAUGACAGUGACAGCACAUCAGAUGCUAAUGAUAGUGACAGUAAUGGCAACGGUAACAAUGGGAGCAAUGACAAUGGCAAACCAGACAGUAGCAAAGAUAAAUCAGACAGUAGUGACAGCAGUGACAGUAGUGACAGCAGCGACAGCAGUGACAGUAGUGACAGCAGCGACAGCAGUGAUAGUAGUGACAGUAGUGAUAGCAACAGCAGUGAUAGCAGCAACAGCAGUGAUAGUGACAGCAGUGACAGUAGCGACAGCAGUGACAGCAAGUCAGACAGUAGUGAUAGCAGUGACAGUAGUGACAGCAGCGACAGCAGUGAUAGUAGUGACAGCAGUGACAGCAAGUCAGACAGCAGUGAUAGCAGUGACAGUAGUGACAGCAGCGACAGCAGUGAUAGUAGUGACAGCAAGUCAGACAGCAGUGACAGCAGCGACAGCAGUGACAGUAGUGACAGCAAAUCAGAUAGCAGCGACAGCAGUGACAGCAAGUCAGACAGCAGUGAUAGCAGUGACAGCAGCGACAGCAGUGAUAGUAGUGACAGCAGUGACAGCAAGUCAGACAGCAGUGACAGCAGCGACAGCAGUGACACUAGUGACAGCAAAUCAGAUAGCAGCGACAGCAGUGACAGUAGUGACAGCAGUGACAGCAAGUCAGACAGCAGCGACAGUAGUGACAGUAGUAAUAGUAGUGACAGCAGUGACAGUAGCGACAGCAGUGACAGCAAAUCAGACAGCAGUGACAGCAGUGAUAGCAGUGACAGUAGUGACAGCAGUGACAGCAAGUCAGACAGCAGUGACAGCAGUGACAGUAGCGACAGCAAAUCAGAUAGCAGCGACAGCAGUGACAGUAGCGACAGCAGUGACAGCAAAUCAGACAGCAGUGAUAGCAGUGACAGCAGUGACAGCAAGUCAGACAGCAGUGACAGCAGUGACAGUAGCGACAGCAAAUCAGAUGGCAGUGACAGCAGUGACAGCAAAUCAGACAGCAGUGACAGUAGUGACAGCAGUGAUAGCAGUGACAGUGACAGUAAAUCAGAUAGUAGUGACAGCAGUGACAGUGAUAGUAAAUCAGACAGUAGUGACAGCGGCAAUAGCAAAUCAGAUAGUAGUGAUAGUGACAGUAAAUCAGACAGCAGUGACAGCAGCAAUAGCAAAUCAGAGAGUGACAGCAGUGAUAGUGACAGUAAAUCAGACAGCAGUGACAGCAGCAACAGCAAAUCAGAUAGUGAUAGCAGUGACAGCAGCAACAGCGACAGCAGUGACAGCAGUGAUAGUAGUGACAGUGACAACAGUGAUAGCGAUAGCAGCGACAGCAGUGACAGUGAUAGCAGCGACAGCAGUGAUAGUGACAGUGACAACAGUGAUAGCAGCGACAGCAGUAGCAGCGACAGCAGUGACAGUGACAGCAGUGACAGUGACAGCAGCGACAGCAGCGACAGAAACAGCAGUGAUAGCAGUGACAGUGACAGCAGUGAUAGCAGUGACAGUGACAGCAGUGACAGUGCAUCUGAUAGUAGUGAUGAGAAUCACAGCAAGAGCAAGGCUGGUAAUGGCAACAAUGGAGGUGACAGUGAUAGUGACAGUGAAGGCAGUGACAGUAAUCACUCAACCAGUGAUGAUUAGAACAAAAUAAAAACCCCCAAGAUUUUUUUUUGAAAAGUCUAGUGAGUAAUUUACAGGAAAUGAAGAUUUCUAAGGAAGGAAAGAAAGGGGAGACAUAAACAAAAGAUGUAAACAUUCACAGAAACAGUGAGAGAAAUAGUCAAAUUGUCAGAUUUGGAACCAAGUUCCCACACCCUCAGGA